AAAGUUGAAAAGUGUAGUAAAUAAACUGCUAUUCUUGAUAUUUUUUUAUUCUGCUGUUAAAAAAUCAACAUGGGAUCACACAAACAUAAGAAAAAGUACACAUCAGAACCCAGUUCUUCAGAGGACUCUUCAUCUGAGGAUGAACGGAAGAAAAAGAAAAAGCAUUCCAAAAAACCUAGGCAUUCAAGUCCAGUGGAUAGUGAUAGUGGCCAAUCAAAGAGAGGAAAAUCUCCUGGUGGUUCUGGUGAUGAGAGAUCAAUAAGGAAACAUUUGAGGACUGACACAAUGAAAGGUAAACAUCAUGAACAAAGGCAGAAAGUCCAUCAUGAAGAAAAAACAAGUAGCAAAGUGUCACUACACAAAACUGAGCAUACUGAGAGGGGCAGAAGUAGAUCUAGAAGUAGACAAAAGGAUGAAAACAAUAGCAGGAAAGAUUAUCAUAGGCAUGCAGAAAGGGAUAGGGAGAAACUGGACAGGAAUAGAAAAGGAGAAAGCCAAAGCCAAGAUAGAAGAAAUGAUGACAGAGAGAAAAAAAGUUAUGAUAGGAGGAGGGAUGGCAGUAGAGAAAUAAAUGAGAAUAGAGAACAGAGAGAUAGACAUGAUGAUAGGGCAAGAGAUCCAUCUAGAGAAAAUUAUGAUAGAAGGGAAAGGAAUGACAGAGACAGAAGAAAUGAUAGGAGAAAUAGGGGUAGAAGAAGUAGUUCAUAUGAUCAUGCCAAUGCCAAAUGGGGCAAAUCGGAUGACCCUGCAAAAACGAACAAAAAUGAAUCUGGACUGAAGGAAAAAGAUAAACCAAACUUUGGCCUUUCUGGCAAACUGACUGAGGAGAGAAACACCUAUAAGGGAGUUGUCAUCAAAUAUAGUGAACCCCCAGAAGCCAGAAAACCUAGAAGGAGAUGGAGGCUUUACCCCUUCAAGGGUGAAAAGGCCCUACAGACCUUGUACAUACAUAGAGAGAGUGCUUAUUUGAUAGGGAGAGAAAGAAAAGUUGUGGAUCUUCCAGUCGAUCAUCCUUCUUGCUCUAAGCAACAUGCAGCUCUUCAGUAUAGGCUGGUGCCAUUCACUAGAGAUGAUGGUAGUGCAGGCAAAAGAGUACGACCUUAUAUCAUUGAUCUCGAAUCAGCCAAUGGGACGUUCAUCAACAAUAAAAAGAUCGAUUCCAAAAAGUACAUUGAAUUAUUUGAAAGAGACGUAAUCAAAUUUGGAUUCAGUUCACGAGAGUAUGUUUUAUUGCAUGAGAAUAGUAAGGAUGAAGCAAUGGACGAUGACGUGAAACAGGAACCGGAAGAAGAUGUGAAGGUAAAGGUGGAGAAUGAAACUUGAACUAUCGAUAUAGGGUGUGAGUUAUAAUUUAUAGUACCUUUCAAAUAAAUCAAUAGAAUGAUGUAAUUU